GUUGGAAGCCUCCUAUAAAGAGGAAGGAAGGGGCCAGAGCCAGACUCUCCACGCCACCACCACAAGAUUCAUUCCACGAUCGCUGAUUCGGAGGAGUCCACGAUCCUGAUCCUACUGCUAUGGCGGCUCCCAACGGCGUCAGCCCACUUGCGGCGACGGUUCCGGUUGAGGCGGUUCUGUUCGACAUCGACGGAACCCUCUGCGAUUCGGACCCUCUUCACCAUGUGGCCUUCCAAGAAAUGCUUCUCGCGAUUGGGUACAACAAUGGCGUCCCGAUAGACGAGGAGUUCUUUAUCAAAAACAUUGCUGGGAGGAGCGAUGUUGAAGCUGCGCAGAAUCUCUUCCCGGACUGGCCACUUGAGAAGGGCCUCAAGUUCCUUGAGGACAAGGAAACCAAAUAUAGAAGUUUGGCGAUGGAGCGCUUGGAGCCUGUAAACGGCCUUGGCAAGGUGGUUCAGUGGGUGAAAGAUCACGGCUACAAGCGAGCUGCAGUGACCAAUGCCCCAAGGAUCAACGCUGAACUGAUGCUCAAACUUCUUGGUCUGUCAGACUUCUUCCAGGCCGUGAUUGUUGGAGGUGAAUGCGAGAAGCCAAAACCCGCCCCCUUCCCGUACCUCAAGGCCCUCAAGGAGCUGGGUGUGUCUGCAGAACACACCUUCAUCUUCGAGGAUUCCGCUUCAGGCACACGUGCAGGCGUUGCCGCGGGAAUGCCAGUCGUCGCCGUGCUGACGAGGAACCCAGAGAACUCCCUACAGGAGGCUGGGGCCGCGCUGAUCGUCAAGGACUACGCGGACCCCAAGCUCUGGAGCGCCCUCGAAGAGAUCGACGCAGCGGAAGCUAAGCUGAAGAGCGGCUGAGCUUGAGACGCCCGUGAUGGUGAUGAACAGUAGCUCAUUUUUAGGAUUGAAGGGAUUCUGCACCCUAAAUUGAUAAAACGAUUGAUUGUAGAGCUCAUUUGGGUAUUUCGAGCUUGUGUUUUCCUUGGUUUCAUGGUUGGUGCUAGAGGAAGAAAUAAAAAAAAAACUCUGGUCUCUCUGACUUGAGAUUAUUGUUAUGUUGAUAGGACCAUGAAUAUGCAAAUCUGUUGGGCUCAUUGCCUAACACCUCUGAA